UAUGCAUGCACUAAGCGAGCUCUGAGAGAAUGGCUGUGGAAGCUAUCCACUGCAGUCUAAAUCCAAAUGGUAUUGAUCUCUCUGUCCACACGGAAGGAAUUAACCUGCAACUUGAAGGCGAGAGAGUGGAAUCGUCCUCGCUUAAGAAAGAAAACUCCUCUAAGUUGCCUGAAUCAAAAGGGACACCUAAGAGACAACAAGCAGAACCUGAAACAUCUAAGUCUAAUAUUGUGAAGCUGACCAAGCCAGUGGCCCUGUGGACCCAGCAGGAUGUAUGCAAGUGGUUGAAAAAACACUGCCCAAAUCAGUAUCAAAUCUACAGUGAGUCAUUCAAACAGCAUGACAUAACUGGCCGUGCGUUGCUCAGGCUUACCGACAAAAAGCUUGAGCGGAUGGGGAUUGCUCAGGAGAGCUUACGGCAGCACAUUCUGCAGCAAGUCCUUCAGCUGAAAGUGAGGGAGGAAGUCCGAAACCUUCAGUUACUCACGCAAGCCUCGUCAGAGAGUUCUCCAUAAACCUUACCAGCCUCUAAAGCUGCUGCCCUGCCAGAUGAUACAAAAGUGAAGUUUUCCUUCAUGAAAAAUGGGGGGAGGGGGGUAAAAAAAAUAAAGCAUAAGCAACGGCACUGCCAGAGGAAGACAACCACCAAGAACUGGAGAAUGACCCAAAAUCCAAUCCAUCACAUCAAUGGGAUAAGCUCUGAAAUGUCUUGGUUUGCUUAUGGAAUUAAACUACGGUCUAUAACA